UACACCCAAAAAAAAAAAUGCAAAAGCAAACGGUCGGUGACACACAACACAAGUAUUCGUGUCCUCUUCAGAAAACUCUAAUCCCUUCGUCGGACAAUCCAUCUUCUUCUUCUUCCCAACUGUCUCUUUGCUUUCACAGCUUUCAAUAUAAACCUUUGAUCCUUCCUUUUUCGAAAAUAAUAAUAAUUCAUCUCUUCGUACUUCUUUUAAUUUCGUCCUUUUUUAAUUCUGUCUGGUUUGGUCUCGUCGUCACCAUAGAGAGAAUUUAGUUGAGAAUGGUGUCUGUGUCUAGUCUCUCCACCACUGCUUCUUCUUCGGGAUAUGUUUGUUCCCAUUUCGAAGAAACCAAGUGAAGAAGAACCAACCCACCCAUUGUAGGUUGCUUGGUUGGAAGCAAAACUGGCAGCUGUGGUCCUUAGUUGAACAUUCCUCUUUUGAGAAGAAAAAAAAAAAACUUAAAAGUGCUUUAAGCUGGGUUCCAUGGUUUGAACAACGCUCAAUAAACAAUGGAUCACUUGUCUCAAGAGGAAGAUUUUCAGUUCUUUGAUGCCAACGAAGAAGCAUCUCCAAGUUGUUUUGAUUUUGAUCCUGGAAGUGUUGUGGAGCGGCGGAAGAAGUUCUUGGAGUGGAUGGGACUCGAACAAGUUCUUGUUCAGCAGAACAAUUCAGAUGUUGGUUCUGGUCUGGAUGGAGAUUCUGUAGAAGCUACUGAGAAGAGAUCUGGAGGGUGCAGCUUCUCUUCUACUCAGGUAUCUUCCUCUGGUUCAAGUGAGGAAUUGUCUCUGAGAGUGGACAAAAACGUUGGGGGAUGCGAUGUGACGAGAAGGCAAAGCUCUUCAUUGGCACCGUGUUCUGAUCCUACAUGUUGUCAAAUUAAGGAAACAGAGAAGCAUAGAAGUAUCACCAGCCGACUCACUAGUUCCAAGAAAAGAUGGUUAACGAGGCUGCUCUCAAUGGGAUGUUCCGCGGAUACAAAAAUCCAAUCCGGUGUUCUUUCAAGAGUUAAGGUCAAGCAUUACAAGAAACAGACCAAAGAGCUUUCAUCUCUCUAUCAGAGUCAAGACAUUAAAGCACACAAUGGUUCCAUUUCAGCUAUGAAAUUUAGCUGCGAUGGGAAGUAUCUUGCAAGCUCUGGUGAAGAUGGGAUCGUACGCGUGUGGAAAGUCACUGAGGAAAAAAGAUCUAAACUACCAAGGGACUACCUUAACCCUUCGUAUAUGUACUUUGAGCUAAACGAUCUUUCCCAGUUGAAACCAAACAAGACCACAGAAAAGUUCAAGAAAAAAUCUGAUUCAGCAUGUGUUGUCUUCCCUCCUAAAGCUUUCCGGAUAAUGGAGAAACCUUUACAUGAGUUCCGCGGCCACACAUGUGAAGUCUUGGACAUCUCAUGGUCAAAGGAUAAUUAUCUUCUCUCAGCUUCAAUGGAUAAAACUGUUCGGCUAUGGAAAGUCGGUAGCAAUGCUUGUCUUGGAGUCUUCCCUCACAAUAGUUAUGUAACUUGUGUUCAGUUCAACCCUGUGAAUGAGGACUACUUCAUGAGCGGUUCAGUUGAUGGAAAAGUUAGAAUCUGGAACAUUCCUGGUUGCAAUGUUGUUGAUUGGGCGGAUGUCAAAGACAUUAUAUCAGCAGUGUGUUAUCGUCCUGAUGGACAAGGAGGAGUUGUUGGUUCUCUAACUGGAAGUUGCAGAUUCUUUAACAUGUCUGGAGAGUAUUUAGAGCUGGACUCUCAGAUACAUUUUCAUAACAAAAAGAUAUCUCCAAAUAAACGGAUCACUUGUUUCCAGUUUUUACCUCAAGACCCUAGCAAAGUUUUGGUUGUUUCAGCCGAUUCCAAAGUCAGAAUUCUCCAAGGCAACGAUGUUGUUAGAAGAUACAAAGGGUCUCCUAAGUCUGAUGGAAAGUACAUUGUUUCAGCUUGUGAGGACUCCAAUGUAUAUAUAUGGAGCAAUGGAAAAGAGUCAGAUUCUUCUUCUUUUUUUUAUUCUCAAACCAAAAGGAUUAGAUCUUUUGAACGUUUCUCCACCAAUGCAUCCGUGGCAGCAACCUGGUGUGGGUUCUCAGAUCACAACAGAACUAUCCCGUUUUCUUCACCACCUUGCUUAUCUCUCAAGGAAAGUGGAUCAGUUCCCAAGGGAAACGCGACGUGGCCAGAGGAAAAUUUAACCGAAAAUCCUCUUUCUUCAAUGACUGCAUCUCAGUACAAAUUUCUCAAGUCCUCAUACCAGAGAGCAACUAGUAGCUCUCUAGCUUGGGGUAUGGUCAUUGUCACAGGUGGUUGGGACGGACGGAUCAGAACAUUUCAGAACUACGGCUUGCCUGUGACCGUAACUUGAAGGUGACAUUGUUCCUUUAUUGAUAGGAACAAGCACAUGGUUCUGGCACGUCUUUGAAGCUAUGGUGGGUCCAAAAGGAAAAACCAGAACCGUUUCUGCUAUUGUCCAAUAGUCAAAAGGAGACUCAAAAUGCUAUUUUACUCGUAAAAAUUAUCAUCCUGUGGAGAUGUAUCAAGAAGGGUGAGUGAGAGACUUCAUCGGUAGACGCAGAGGAACAGAUGUUUUUUUUUUUGGCACUAAGUGUCGGUUGGAGGAGAUAGUUUCAAAAGAGUACGGAUUUGUGGGGUCCAAGGAAGAGACAUCAAGUGAUCAUGGAGGAGUGGUUGUGGCUGUAGGAAAAAAGUUUCUAACGGUAGUGAUUGGUUUCGUAGUGUCUAUUCGUUCGUUGCUUGAUACGUUGUCGUUUGGUAAGUUAUAUCAGCUUAUUUUUUUGAUUUGAUUUCCACUUAUGUAUGAUGAAGAGGAAACAAGAAUCAAUUGAUUGUUAGUCACCUCUAACUCAGACAGAGGAUCCGGGGUUUCGUGUCUGUAAAUUUAUACAGCCAAACCUUUUGUAGAGUAAUGUGAUCAAAUUAGU